CUCAGCCAGGUGCUCAGCGCAGGCGCACCGCUGGGCGUAGAAAGCCAAGACCGGUGCUCUAAAAAACACCGCAGCGCUGCCAUUGGGCGCCAGGGGCACCGCUGAGUGCGUAGUGAGCCGCAGGAUGGUGCGCACGCAGCGGGCUCACGCGGCCAUGCUUUUACGCCUGCCGAGCGAUAUGCUCCUUAAAAUUGCCUCCCACGUUGUCGCGCCUGGUCUUGUCGUCGCGGCCGGCAAGAACCUGGAGGCGCGGACGGCGCUGCGCAAGGGCACCGACGCGGCCGAGCGGUCCCGGUUCGGCGGCAUCGGGCUCACCAUCAAAGAGGCGGAGCACCGCCUUCGCGGUCCCUACAUGCUUGACGGGCCCGUAGAGGCCAAGCACCUCGAGACGCGACGGGCGGCCGGCUCGGCGCUCCUGAAGGCAAUUCCCUAUCCGGACGACGAGCUCGCCAUAGCCUUAAUCGCGUACGGCGCGGACGUCAACGCAACGCACCCGGGGAUCGGAUAUACGCUCCUGCACACGGCCCACGAGGCGAGGAAUCCGCCGCGGCUCGCUUCAUUCUUGAUCGCCGCCGGGGCCGACCUCGACGCCCGCUGCAGAGCUCCAAAUAGCGCGGGCUUGUCGCCGUUGACCUGGUCUAUAGAUUGCGGGAGCGGGACCGAACGAAGUUACGCGUUGGCGAGCUUUUUGAUCGAGCAAGGCUGCGACAUCGUCCAGGCCGACGCCGACUUCGCCCAUCAGAGCGAACACGAAUCUCUACUCGCGGCCUUGGAUGACCACCCCACAACGCCUGCGAAGACACGCCUCAUGGAAUCUAUCAGCCUUUCGCUCGAAACCGCAGAGCCAGCGCGUCGCCAAGCGGCGGCUGAUGCGGCGCGGAGCCUCCCCACUCAAUUUGGCCCCGAUGCUGUGGGCAUGCACUCAGGCUUUGAUUCUGACGCGUACUCGGACUACUAAUGUACUAACUAUAAGCAACCCG